UGUCCCCCGCUCCCCAUUAAGGAUUGGCACCUUUGGGGAUCGGGUACACGAAUGUGACAGGUACCCGCUCCCACUUCCGCUGCGAUCGCCUAGGCGAUCGGAAGCGGAAGUUGUGCCCCCCCCCCUCCCCGUAGUCUUCUGGGACACGUGACAGGUCCCAGAAGACUAUGGGGCCAUUCACAAACCACAGCACUUCUUGUGCAUGCGCAGCGGGCACCCGGCUGUCAAGCCUCAAGCUGUCACAGCUGGGUGCCCACACUAAAGAUGCCAGCGCCAGGGAGAGAAGACAGCCGGUGAAA